CCCAUCACGCUCGACAUGAAAGCUAGGGCUUACCACCUCACAAGUCCCCCACCGCCGCGAGGUAUAAAGGCGAGCCCUAACCCCCGCCCGCCACUCUUCCACCUCCGCCUCCACUCCCUGGCGCCACUGUCGCCGCCGCGAGCCGAUCCGAUGGCGCCGACGUCGAAGCUGUCACUUGGCAUCAAGAAGGCCUCGCGGUCCCACAUGUACCACCGCCGCGGGCUGUGGGCGAUCAAGGCCAAGCACGGCGGCUCCUUCCCCAAGGCCGAGAAGCCCGCCGCAGCCACGGAGCCCAAGUUCUACCCCGCCGAUGACGUGAAGCCCCGCCAGCCUAGCACCCGCAAGCCGAAGCCCACCAAGCUCAGGUCGUCCGUCACUCCGGGGACCGUGCUGAUCCUGGUCGCCGGGAGGUUCAUGGGGAAGAGAGUUGUGUUCCUCAAGCAGCUCAAAUCUGGCCUCCUCCUUGUCACUGGACCUUUUAAGAUCAACGGAGUCCCAAUCCGCCGUGUGAACCAGACCUACGUCAUUGCAACCUCCACAAAGGUUGAUAUCUCUGGUGUUAAUGUGGAGAAGUUCGAUGACAAGUACUUCGCAAGGAGCAAGAAGAUGAAGGCGAAGAAGACUGAGGGUGAACUUUUCGAGACAGAGAAGGAGGCGACCAAGGACCUGCCACAGUUCAAGAAGGACGACCAGAAGACCUUGGAUGCCGAGCUGAUCAAAGCUAUUGAGGCUGUGCCGGAUCUGAAAACCUACCUUGGUGCACGGUUCUCUCUCAGGGAUGGGGACAAGCCCCACGAGAUGGUUUUCUAGAGUAGUUGGCGCUAGGUACUACCUCUUAAGUCACUUUGCCUGGUCUGAGCGCCCUCUUGAAUUUUGUAUCUGACUGGCGAACCUUUUUUCCAUUUGAACCACUGUCAAAUCUUUCGUGAAGUCAUACACUGCUAUUUAAUUUAGUGAUGUUUUGCACAAUACUAUAUAUAUAAGCAAUUUUUACCGAGGUUAUGUGCUGA